CAACCACAGAACCACAAGUUGGGUAGGCUGGCAGUGGCAGGAGUCUCAGCCCAGUGUAGUGGUCAGCCGGCCGGGCGACUCACCCUGAGUGGAAACCACAGGCUAUCAGAGUGGCGCGCAGCGUCAGCCCACAGCCCCGGCGGGCGCGCUGCUGGGUUCGCUCUUUAACAAUUUGAAUAUUUGUUUGCACCAAGGUAAAAGACACCAUUGAACUCCCGCCUUCGGCAGAGGGUGCGAUUUCGGGAGGAAGCUAUGGCUUCAGACAGCAUAUUUGAGUCAUUUCCUUCGUACCCAGAGUGCUUCAUGAGAGAUGCCAGCACGAGCCGCCGCUUCACGCCGCCGUCCACCGCGCUGAGCCCGGGCAAGAUGAGCGAGGCGUUGCCGCUGGGCGCUCCGGACGCCGGCGCCGCCCUGGCCGGCAAGCUGAGGAGCGGCGACCGCAGCAUGGUGGAAGUGCUGGCUGACCACCCCGGCGAGCUGGUGCGCACCGACAGCCCCAACUUCCUCUGCUCCGUGCUGCCCACGCACUGGCGCUGCAACAAGACCCUGCCCAUCGCUUUCAAGGUGGUGGCUCUGGGGGACGUCCCAGACGGCACUCUGGUCACCGUGAUGGCUGGCAAUGAUGAGAACUACUCGGCCGAGCUGAGAAACGCUACCGCCGCCAUGAAGAACCAAGUCGCAAGAUUCAAUGACCUCAGGUUUGUCGGUCGCAGUGGGAGAGGGAAGAGCUUCACGCUGACCAUCACCGUCUUCACAAACCCGCCGCAAGUCGCCACCUACCACAGGGCCAUCAAAAUCACAGUGGACGGACCCCGGGAACCUCGAAGACAUCGUCAGAAACUAGAUGAUCAGACCAAGCCCGGGAGCUUGUCCUUUUCCGAGCGCCUCAGUGAACUGGAGCAGCUGCGGCGCACAGCCAUGAGGGUCAGCCCACACCACCCAGCCCCCACGCCCAACCCUCGGGCCUCCUUGAACCACUCCACUGCCUUUAACCCUCAGCCUCAGGGUCAGAUGCAGGAUACAAGGCAGAUCCAGCCGUCCCCACCGUGGUCCUAUGAUCAGUCCUACCAGUACCUGGGAUCCAUCGCCUCUCCUUCCGUGCACCCAGCAACACCCAUCUCCCCUGGACGCGCCAGCGGCAUGACGACCCUCUCCGCAGAACUUUCCAGUCGCCUCUCAACGGCCCCCGACCUGACGUUCAGCGACCCGCGCCAGUUCCCCGCGCUGCCCUCCAUCUCAGACCCUCGCAUGCACUACCCCGGCGCCUUCACCUACUCCCCGACGCCCGUCACGUCGGGCAUCGGCAUCGGCAUGUCGGCCAUGAGCUCGGCCACGCGCUACCACACGUACCUGCCGCCGCCCUACCCCGGCUCGUCGCAGGCGCAGGCCGGCCCGUUCCAGGCCAGCUCGCCCUCCUACCACCUGUACUACGGCGCCUCGGCCGGCUCCUACCAGUUCUCCAUGGUGGGCGGCGAGCGCUCGCCGCCGCGCAUCCUGCCGCCCUGCACCAACGCCUCCACGGGCUCGGCGCUGCUCCACCCCAGCCUGCCGAGCCAGAGCGACGUGGUGGAGGCCGAGGGCAGCCACAGCAACUCGCCCACCAGCAUGGCGCCCGCCGCGCGCCUGGAGGAGGCCGUGUGGCGGCCCUACUGAGGCCGGCCGGCGGAUCGCGGAGGGAAACUGUGAAUGCUUCUGAUGUAGCAAUGCUGUGAAUAAAAGAGAGAUUUUAUACCCUUGACUUCACUUUUUAACCAAGUCGUUUAUUCCAAAGAGUGUGGAGUGUGGGGGGCGGGGAAGAGGGGUGCAACUCGUCCUGUGUGGCAUCGAAUUCUUAUUUUUAUUUUUUUUCUUUUCCGCACCUUAUAAAUGGCAAAGAUGCGUAUUUGCAUUGGGGUGGUGUUUAUGUUCGUGGACACGAGAUACACAUUUGAGCUUGCUUCUUUUCUUGCUUUGACAACUGAAAGAACCAUAUGAUUCCCUGUUCUGUAAGUUUUAUUUAACUUUUGGACUUUUGGGUAGCUGAGAGACAGCUACAGCUUUGGGUCAUUUUUUUAACUACUGUAUUCCCACAAGGAAUCCCGAGAUAUUUAUGUAUCUUGAUGUUCAGACAUUUACUUACGUGUUGAUACUUUUUUUAAUUAUUUAAAUGUACUUAUAUUAAGAAAAAUAUCAAGUACUACAAUUUUUUUUUUGUUUUGUUUGUGAUAGAAACCAGAGUUAAACAUGUCAUAUUGAAGAAGGCUGGGGGGAAAAAAAGGAUGGCUAAUGUGAUCACUUGGUUAUCUAGAAAUAUUGUUUACAUUAAACUCCCUUUUGUUAAUCAAACAAGUUGGUAGCUAAUGCAGCAAUGUUUUUAAUAGGAUUUUUAGACACUGAGGGUCACUCCAAGGAUCAGAAGUAGGGAAUUUUCUGGUAAGCUUUACAAAGGGUCUGAUAUUUGGCUCCUUCCCUUCAAACGGGGAAGGUCAAAUCUGGCCCCAGAGGGUUCAGGCAGGUGCCAGUGAUUAUACUCCUGGGGAGGAUUUAAUUUCUGUCCAGGGGUUUGCUCACUCCGUGGCCUUCUGUGAUUUCUAACAUGCUUUGUAACAGAACACAUCCCAGGAGGAGCGCUAUUUACAUAGGAGCCAAAUUAGGGUAUAUAGGGAUUACCUAACUGCUCAGUUCUGGGGUAGCAAGAAAACAGUCCUCUUUGGACCAGUACCUGUUGAUUGACGUAGAACAAAAUUUGUGGCCGGCCACCUGUGGUGGCAGAGGAAGGGUCCAGACCUGGUGCCUUUGAAGGCUGAAGGGUGGACCCAGAGGCCUGCAGGAGCCAGUCCUCCUGCGCCCACAUGAGCGCUGAGUCAUGGGGUGGACGGCGCAGGCCCUCACCCUGUACUGCUCACAUACCAAGCUCUCUGUGUCGCUUCCCCCAGGCUGAGGCCUUGCCCCAUGGGCUGUGCGCCGUAGCCGUAGCAUGCCCAUGGCUACCAUCCAAAUGUUAUCGAUGUCACUGUAAAUUUUAUGGCACUGUUUACUAGAGGGUUUGGUCCGAAUGCAGUUGUACAACUCGUAAGUACUAACUGCUGAUGUGGACGAAGGUGUGCGCGAGACGAUCUGGUUGUUAUUUAACGUACCUCUUAAAUUAGUGAGAUGAUUUCAGGUCAGCUCUGAAGAGUAUUUGAAAGCAGGACUUCAGAACAGUGUUUGAUUUUUAUUUUAUAAAUUUAAGCAUUCAAAUUAGAUCUUUGGCUGCAGGCAGCAAAACAGCUGGACUUAUUUAAAACAACUUGUUUUUGAGUUUUCUUAUAUAUAUAUAUUGAUUAUUUGUUUUACACAGAUGCAGUAGCACUUUGGUAAGAGUUAAAGAGUAAAGCAGCUUGUGUUGUCAGGUCAUUCUUAUCUGGAGAAAUUCAGAAUCUAUUUGUUUUCCCCGUGACUCCCGCCACAUUGGUUUCAUACGUUAUUCCGUACUAUAUUCUUGCAGCUCAAUUACCAUCAGAUGUCAGAGAAUUUUCAAACUGCCUUUCUAGGAAGGACCCAUCCGCCCACUUCUCCCAAAUCGAGCCCAAGCUGUUCUUUUUCACCUGGUGUUUCCAUGUGUGACCCGAGAAAGUGCUGAGGGAAAAUGAAGGAAACCUUCUCUCUUUUUCAGUUCAAUUCUGGUACCUGAAGAUAUUAGAAUAUAACCCAAAACCAGCCUCAUGCCCCCCACCCAGGGAAGUCAGAGAUUCCCUCACACUGGAUCUUCACUCUGGAAGCACAAUGUGGAGAGGGCUUGUCACUCUGUUGUAGACUCACUGGUGUCAUCAGAGCGUCACAGACCCUUACAGCAUCCAUGGUAUUUAAUGGCUUCAGAAAAUAAAUAAAUAAAUCAUGCCUUAGUUGUUUGGGAGACAGGUCUUACACAAUGUGUAUAUAUAUAUUUUGCAUUCAUUGCCUCCAGGUAAAUUAAGGUAUCAGCAAGACCCUUAAGCAAACCAUAUAAUAACUGGAUCUAUCUAGAUGAAACAGGGCAGAAGCCAUUUCUGCUUCUUCAUGCCCUUGUUUACGAUUUCAACACGUUGACAUACAAUUUCAGUUCUUUUCUCUUUUCCUCGCUAUCCAAAAAUAUAUUGCUCUCCCUCUCUGCCACUCAGCAUCUCCCUUUUCCUCUUGCCACCUCCCUCCUCCUGCCCCUCCCGUCUUCCCACUUUCUGGGAGGAGAUGGCACACACCUCUACCCCAAUGCCCAGUGUCCAGAACUCAGGGCAGUCAAUGCUUCUCCCCUCCAGAAAGGAAGGCGGUAAGUCAGCCUUUCUCCGGCCUGUGGGUCUCUCCCAGCAGAGCAGAGCGCUGCCAACCCGUGGGGCUCUGCUUGCUGUCCAGAUGUGGCCGCAGAGCCUCUGCGGGGCCCAGCGAGCGAGGGAGCAGCCUUGCUGCUGCCUCCAUGUCUGCACAGACACACAGAAAUGCCCUGAUUAGAAAGGAAAUGAAUGGUUUUGCUCGAAUGUCCUACAAUUUAGGACUGCAGAGUUCUGUCUCGAAAUACCUGUUGUCUUGGGACAUUCCGCCCUGGUGAUGUUUGGUUUUGGUGGUUUUGUUUUUUUAGGGAGAGACGUGUUUGGGGUCUUUUAUACAUGAAACAUUGGUUUGACAAUAAUCACAGAAAAUGUUUUUUUUAUGUCUGAACAAAAUAUCUUUGUUUACCCUAGAGUAUACAUUUGGGGUUUUUUUGUUUGUUUAUUUCUUGGGAAUCUUUUUCCCUGCCUUUAGCCAGGUCAGUAUUGAUGAGGCUGAUCAUGUGGCAUUUCUAUUUUUUCUUCCAGAAGAGUUGCAUCAACAAAUUUAAUUGUAUUUAUGUAUGUAAAUAGAUUUUAAGCUUCAUUAUAAAAUAUUAUUAAUGCCUAUAAUAACUUUUUUCAAUUUUUUGUGUUUCUAAGGACUUUUUCUUGUUUGCUAAAUACUGUAGGAGAAACGCUUCUUUCUACUUUGUUUAUUUUAGACUUUAAAAUGAGCUACUUCUUACUUUUGUAAACAGCUAACAGCAUGGUUCCAAUUUUUUUUUUAAAAGUUCACUUUUUGUUCUAGGGGAAACGAAUGUGCAAGAAACAAAAAGAACUGUCGGUUAUUUGUGUUAUUCUGGAUGUAUAACAAUCAAUGGAAAAAAUAAACUUCCGAAUUGAUAUGGUGGUAUAACACAUCUAUUGCAAAUAAAACAAACAAACAAACAAACAAAAAAAACCCAUAAAGGGCAAUUCAGUCUCUCAGAGUUAAAUGAGGCCCCACCUAGCAUCUGUUUUUGCAGCCAUUAUGGGCUCUGAUCACAAAACAACCUGGAAAUUCAUGUGUGGGCUGCUUUCUCCCUGGUUCCGACAUGUUGAACACUUCCGGAAGGGAGACGGUCAAGCUUGGGUUUUAAGCCAGGUCUGAGAAGACCCCAGAGUCCUCUGCAGGGUGUUUUAGACAGCACAGGAGAGCAGGUGCUCAGCUGAACCAACCCACUGGACUGGGAGCGUCCAUCAUACCCAGCCUUGCAGGGCAGCCAUGCUGUGCCCAGGGGAAUGCGAGCCUUGAAUUCUUUGUACCACAGUACCUUCUGUAAAUCCAAUAUUAUAACAAGUGUGAACAGCAAAUAAACAGUUUGAC